GCGCCGCUUGAGCCGCCCCUGCCCGGCGGGAGGCGGGGAGACCGGCUUGGGCUCGCCGAGUGGAGGGGAGCCAGUCGCCGCGGGUGCCCGGCGGUGGGAGCCUCCGGCGCGGCCGCUUCCUUCCUCGGCUGGUGGGUUUCGCCCCGGCAAAGCGGUAAUAGUUGCCACCGGCAUGUUGGCACUACCAGUCAUAGCUGUAAACGUGAGCUGACAUCUUGAAGACCAUAUGCAUGGCCAUUGGGUGACCUGGAAGCCAUGGAGCUAAAAGUGUGGGUUGAUGGAGUCCAAAGGAUUGUUUGUGGAGUCACAGAAGUUACUACUUGCCAGGAGGUGGUUAUAGCUCUUGCUCAGGCUAUAGGUCGCACUGGAAGGUACACCUUGAUAGAGAAAUGGAGAGAUACGGAGAGACAUUUGGCACCUCAUGAAAAUCCUAUAAUUUCUUUGAACAAAUGGGGACAAUACGCAAGUGAUGUGCAGCUAGUGUUGCGACGCACCGGGCCAUCACUCAGCGAGCGGCCAACCUCUGACAGUGUCGCUCGGAUACCAGAAAGGACUUUGUAUCGGCAAAGCUUACCUCCCUUGGCCAAACUCAGACCUCAGAAUGAUAAGUCGAUUAAAAGGAGGGAGCCAAAACGGAAAUCUUUGACUUUCACUGGCGGAGCCAAAGGAUUAAUGGACAUUUUUGGGAAAAACAAAGAGUCUGAGUUCAAGCAGAAAGUCCUCAACUGCAAAACAACGGUGGACGAGUUGAAAAAACUGAUCCAUCUCCAGACGGAGAAGCUGCGGUCCACUGAGAAACAGCUGGACUCGAAUGAUGCUGAAAUUAAAUAUUGGGAGCAGCGGUUCAGUUACAGCCUGGAGGACGAAAUUGUCAAACUGGAGCAGAAGAUCAAGAGGAAUGAGGUGGAGAUCGAGGAGGAGGAAUUCUGGGAAAAUGAACUCCAGAUUGAGCAGGAAAAUGAGAAACAACUGAAGGAGCAGCUCCAGGAAAUCAAGCAAAGGAUUUUGGACUGCGAAGGCAAGCUGAAGGAGUACGUGGUCCAGAUCCAUAACAUGGAAAGUGGCCUUGAGGCAGAAAAGUUACAACGGGAAGUACAAGAGGCAAAAGUAAAUGAAGAAGAAGUCAGAGAGAAGAUUGACAAAGUGAAAGGGGAAAUUGAUAUCCAAGGCCAACAAAGUCUCAGGCUGGAAAACGGCAUAAAAGCUGUGGAAAGAUCUCUGGGCCAGGCUACCAAACGGUUACAGGAAAGAGAACAGGAGCUGGAGCAGCUGACAAAGGAACUGCGUCAAGUCAAUCUCCAGCAGUUCAUCCAGCAGACUGGGACAAAAGUCACUGUCCUCCCUGCUGAACCUGUUGAAUUGGAGGCUUCACACCCAGAGCUUGAGAAAGAAUCAACAUUUCAGACCAGCUCCCUCAAACGCCCCAGUUCCUCAAGGCAGCUUCCUAGCAACCUCCGUAUCCUGCAGAAUCCACUGUCCUCUGGAUUUAACCCCGAGGGCAUUUACGUAUAACAGCCUAAACAUCUUCUGGAGAGGACCUGUGACGGUACCAAGGACCAUACCCAGUUUCCUUCUGUUGGGUUUGUUCUCCCUGCGAUGUAUGGAGAAGGAAAACCAAACCUGGCAGUCUAAAACUACAAAGCAUGGGCAUUUCGGAGUCUGUUUUUAAUCAGAUCUACAACAAACUUGGAAUCCCGCCCCAUGCACUGAUUACGAUGAAGAACAAAGAGAACUGUGGAGGCAACGCUGCCUAAGCAGCCAUGGUGAAAAUAGCUUUUUCUUUCUUUCUUUCUUUCUUUCUUUCUUUCUUUCUUUCUUUCUUUCUUUCUUUCUUUCUUCCUUCCUUCCUUCCUUCCUUCCUUCCUUCCUUCCUUCCUUUCGUUCUUUUUAAAAUAAUAAUUAUUAUUGCUAUUUCUGAAGCAUUUGGAUACAUAUUUCUUAGCAGGCAUAAAUGGCUGACCAGAGUGAGAAAAAAAAUUGCCCACCCUCUUUGCAUUUGAAUUAGGGUUUAAUUUAUUCCAUUUAAUGAGAGAAUGUGUGAAUAUGAGCGUUUAAUUUCUACCUGCAGGCCUACGCUGCCCCCAUCCAUGGCUGCUGCCUAAGAUGCCAUUAGGUAUUAAGUUCUCUCUCUCUGUCUUCACUCAUAUGUAGCAUCACUUACACUGUGUGCUGAUAAGAGCUUGGUAGACAUUUCCCACCUUCUUGCUAGUGUGGGAUGUUGUGAUGAAGCCGCAGCUCAGGAUGAGUGAUCCUAAGUAUUAGAGCAAAGGAAGGAACAUAUACCAACCCACCCACCCAGCUGCAGGCAUUAGUGUGCUCCAUAAAUGGCCAUGCCAGGAAGGAUCGCUGGAUCCCCCACAUCUGGAAGGCACCCUGUGAUCAUCCUUGCCUUUUGAAAGAGACUGGAGAACUAAAAUUGGAAGUUCCAUUUUAGGGCAGGUAUAAUUUGGGAUUUUUCCCUAAGAAUGCCAUGUCUGCAGUAUGAAAGAGUGUGUGUAUGUGUGUGUGUGAGAGAGAAAAAAAGAAUCUGCACAGGAAUGAAUGAAUGAAUGAAUGAAUGAAAGGAACAAACAAUGUGGUGUUUUGUCAUUACAAAUAUUCUCAAUGUCCAAAUUGCUGAAGCUAAAAAAAAAAGUUUUGAAAAGCUCAUUCUGUGGCGGGUUUUCUUGUGUUAUGGCCAUUGUAGGACUUUUUUUUUUUUACAGCCAGUGGCUUUUCCCGCUUAAAGGUCCUGAAACCCCACUUUGUAAGGAUACAUUUAGCAUUUAAAGAACUUCUACAGUAGUUAGAUAGCAUUUUAUUAUAUGAAGUUUAUAUUUGAGAUAUUUUGCCAUAAUGAAUAUGCUUAUCAAGGAACAAAAUACUAUGAGAUAUCUUCAGUCAAAUGUCUUGCCAAAGGAAUUCUCAGUUGUUGUUUUUUUACCACUAUAGUGUUCUUAUUUUAUAGCCAGAUUCUCCAAUAAAGACAUUAUAGUGUGGACUUGUGCCGCUUAGGAUUUACUGAGCCAAAAACACCAUGUAUGGUAAUUGGCCAGCUGCUUAACAACCUGUCUUUGCAAAACCAAGUCUAUCAAUCCCACUUGGUUUCAACCGUACAUAAAACUGGUGGAAUAUGCUCAGACCAUGGGAUGAAACAGUUGGACAGGUCCAUCCUAAUGCCUUCCCUACAGAAUGAAGCCGUAUAUAUAUUUCUAUAACUGUUCACAACAUUACUUCAGUCCAGGCUGUGGUGAUGCAAAAGGUUAUAAAGAAAUUGCCAUUUAUUUAAAUAAGAGCACAUUCAUUUCUAACAUACCUUGUCACCCAAUACUACCCAAAAUAAUAGAAUAGAUCUACAGAAGAAGAAUGCAUGUCCAAGAUAAAUAGGAAUAAGCACAUAAAUCACAGUUCACGAUAAGUUAUUUUAGCAAUUCAAUUUCUGACAGUUCAACUUCUACGUCAAACAGAACACAAGACUAUAUUUUAAGUAUUUCAGGACAUUUCUGAGUUGCUGAAUAUUACUGAAAUGUCUCAGAAUGAUUCUGUGCUUGAUGUUCUGUUUGGAAACAAUCACAUUUUGAUACACUGUAAAAUCAGAAUCCAGGCCUUAUUAAUUGUAUUCGUGUAUCUGAGAGUGGGGUGAUAAAUGGAAUGCUCUUGUUUUCCUUGGGGUGAUACUACAUUUACCUGAAAAGAGGUGACCCCAAAUUUAAGAUAAUCCCAAGUCUCACAAGAAUGAGAAAACAGAUGAAGAAUUAGAAAUAAUACACUCAGAUCUUGUGCAAUGCCCAGCUCCAGCAGAAGCCAAUGAAUGACAGUUGUACAAAUGGUGUAUGUACCUACAUACAGACUUGUCAAAAGACUCACCUCAACAAAGGGAAAGUUUUGUCCCCCAGUAAAAUAAAAUUGUAUGAAUUAAAUUAAUAACUACAGAUUAACAAUAAUUGCCUAUAAAAUGAAGUCCCCACUUUGUUUAAUUAAUCCUCCAUCUGCAUAAAAACCAGCAUUCUUGUGCUCACACCCAACUUCUUUAGUUCCACUACAUACGCACCUCCUGUCUCCAGCACAAAUAACAAAAAAAGAAGAAGAAAAGGAAACGGAGGGAGAUGGGAUGAGGGGAAGGAGUAUCUGCAGACCUGUUUAAAUCUCACAGGAAUGGACAUAACGUUCCCUUGACAGCAGCUAAUUUUUGAAAGCCCCUGUGUUUUUCAAAUGUUGUUUGCAGCCAUUUGCACCUCUGCCCAUUUCAACAGCAUAUGCUGUUCCCCAUUCACAGUGCAUUUAUUUGGGGAAAAGACUUCAUAUUCCUAUUGGGAAGGAUGGCAUGUGGCCAUUUUGUGGCAUAAUUCUAAGAUUUGGCCCUCAGAAAGACUUGUUUACUGAUGGUAAAAAUGCCAGUUUUAAGACAAAGGUCGCAUGCAGUGUGUUUGAUAAAUAGUGAAUGGGGCAUUUGCUAGCUAUGGGAUCCUAACAGUUGGAUAACAUUCCCAUAAUAAACUGCAUCCCACUGAAAAAUAUCCUUUCAACUCUGUGGCUGAUGCAUUUUAUAUAUCUUGGACCAAUUGUUUGGAUUUCAUAGGGAGAUGAUUCAUGGGAAGAAUGAUUCCUCCUGCUGUGCAGGAUCUAAUUCUUGGAUCAGGAAGUUUGAAGAUACACACACACACCCCUAUCCAUAAAGCAAGUAAAAGGAAUGCCCCUUUGAAUAACCCCAGUUGGAUUAAUUCAUCUGCAGCCAAAGAUUGACAUCAAGUUCCUCUCUACUUGAGUCUGUCAUAUCCAGAGCUGUAGAAGUGAAUAAGGUGCUAUACCAGUUAAAAGGCUACAAAUUAAAUGAAAAUAUUUUUAAUCAUCCCCCCACCUCCUGAAAUGCUGCAUUCUGAACAGGAACUUCCUUGCCUGGAACUGUAACAAAAAACAGGACUUGACACUAUGAAAAGAAAUGGUGGUUAAUGGUGGUGGACAAGUUCAAAGGACAACUGGUUUGGCAGAUGAAUUUUCUUCUGCAGCACACAAUCUCAAAGACGUGUUGCAUUCUACAAUGCCUUUAUGCUAUAUGACUCCCUGCACAUCCUCAAGUGUGCUGUAGAACCUCUGUAACAGUUUUCCUCUAUGUGCAGUCUCCAGAUGUAUAGACUUUGAUUUCCAGAACUCCCCAGUCAGCAUACCAUUGCUCCACAUUUUUGGCAAGUGCCGAAGUGGGGACAGCUGCUCCAUAACAUGUAUGGGUUCUUCAGCCAAGAUUUGCUUCACACGGAAAUACUCAAUUGUGUCCCUUUGGGAGCAGGGAUUUUGAAAUGUAACUGCUAUUAACGUAGUAUUCAUUCAUUUAACAGGCAAUUAAUAGUUAUUUCUGCCAAUGCAAGAUGCAAAUAAUGAGCUGAGAACUCAUCGCAAGAGUUUAGUUGCACUGGCUCUUAACUUAGCCUCCUACACGCUUCUCUAAACCCAGUCCAUAAAGACCUGCCCUUGCUGUGAAAUUAAACAUAUGCAGACAUUUGGGACAUUUCCAAAGGCUUCAGCGCAUAAGAUUAGCCGGUAAUAGAAUUGUCCUAAACUACAGUAAGAAGUUCUAAAUAGUGCAGGUCAGAUCAUUUACAUCACCUACUGACCUUAGUCCUUGGAAAUUAAAAAGCCCUCAAAGAGGCAUACUUAAAAAGGGUUUCAGGAAAGGAAAAUCAUGUUCUGGAGCUAUUAGCUUUCUUGUUAGGAUACAGCCUAAAUCAUCCUACCUCACUCCCUGCCCUCCACAUGGGUUUCUCGCAAGUCCCAAUCAUCCCAAUCAAAUAUUGUUGAGAAUUAUGAGGUCUGCAGUCCAACACGUCAAAGUGUCAGGUUGAGGAACAGUGAUCAGCAUUCAAUAAGCUAUCUACUUUAACUAACUUGCAAGAAAAUCAAUCAUGCAGGCAUGAUGAUAGCAGUGGGAAACAGAGGACCCUACACUUCAUAUUGCUCUUCCCUCUUGCAUGUAAUCUUUAAUGAGAAUGGCAAUACAGUCAAGCAAAUACCAACAAACAUCUUUAAUUCUAUUUUUUUUUUUUUAAAGAAUUUUGGUGAAGCCAAGGAGAUGUGUACUAUUGCCAUUUCUUAUUAAAGUUGCUCUAGGGGAUGGAGAUGAGAAAACAAGUCUAUUGAUCCGUGGUGAAGGCCGGUUUUCAUGUUUUCCUGCCUUCAAAAAGAUGGUAACAUACAUAUGGGUGCAAAUGUCAUGUGUGAGAUCAGCAGAAGGCUUCAAAUAAAACCAGUGAGCCCCCCAAAAUUCAUGUGGGUCAAUAGACCACCUCCUUGUGUCUGUCAGAUGGUUACUCUUGAGCAACAUUGAUGUUUUUCAUAUAUGAGAAGACCGGUUAAGUUUUACUUGCAGUCACAACAUUGCACCUUUAUGGAGUAGUCCAGAGAAUUGCCCUCUCUAAUUUCUUCAGAGUCAACCAAAUUCCUAACGUGCUUUAUAUAAUGUGAAUUGGGCCUUAAUUAUUAUUGUAAAUAGCAAACCUGUAUUCUGAUUUAUUUUCCAUUAUUGAAUAGCUCUGUGCUGUAUUUUAUUAAAAGAUAUAUAUCAAAAGUAUUACUUUUGUAUUCCAGCUGUUUUUUUUUAAGGCAUUAAUUCAUGCACAUGUAUUCUGUUUGUUACAGUGUUUUAAUGUUUUGGAUGAAGGCCAUCAGCUGUAUGGAGAUGACAAAACAAACAAUUCUGUUUAUUUAUUUAUUCAGUAUUUUGCUGCUUUACUUUUUUUGAAAUAAAGUUUUAAUUGCCAAUAAAAGAGCCAACUGAAAAAUCUUACUUGUUAUAGUUAUGUUUUCAGCAUAACCACACAUGCAUCCCAAGAGAAAAGAUGGUGUAGGUGAUGUUUAACUGUUAAAGAGAAGAACUUUUCAUACAGUAGUUGAACUGGGUUUAACGUGCAUGUAAAAUAGAUCCAUGAUUUUUUUUCCCUUGAACUGAACAAUCAAAUUACUCCUUCAGUAAAGAUGUUUAAAACUUGAA